UUCCGACAAAGAGGACCCUGAUUGAUGAACGAGCUUGCAACCCUACUAUCUCCCGCCAAAAAGUGACGUGAAGGUCCCGGGAAGGCUCCGAGUCCUCUGGAGUUCUCUCAAAUAGUCUUGCGCUGCUGUGAAAGCACGCGUUCGUGGACUCAGAACCCCUCCUCCCUACUGCUCACCUCAGCAAUACUCCAGUCAUCAGGCCAUACACUUCAUCAUGCGACUGAUCAUUCGCGACGACCCCGAAGCUACGUCCAAGUACAUUGCGGACUACAUCAUUGAACGUAUCAAAACAUUCAAUCCCACAUCUGAGCGACCGUUCGUGCUUGGCCUGCCCACCGGCAGCAGCCCGGUGCUCAUCUACCAGCAUCUUGUUCACCGACACAAGUCUGGCGAAAUAUCUUUUCGCGAUGUGGUCACCUUCAAUAUGGACGAGUACGUUGGGAUCCCACGGGACCACCCUGAAAGCUACCACAGCUUCAUGUACAAGCACUUCUUUUCACACGUCGACGUGAAGCCGGAUAAUAUCAACAUCCUCAAUGGCAAUGCUCCCGACCUCGAGCUCGAGUGCCAGAAAUACGAGGAGAAGAUCCAAGCGGUCGGUGGCAUUGAGCUGUUCCUGGGCGGCAUUGGUCCCGAUGGCCACAUUGCCUUCAAUGAACCCGGUUCCAGCCUCAAGUCUCGCACACGUGUAAAGACCCUUGCGUACGACACCAUUCUUGCCAACUCACGGUUCUUCGGGAACAACCUGGACCAAGUGCCCAGGAUGGCACUGACAGUCGGAGUCCAGACGGUGCUCGAUGCGCGCGAAGUCGUCAUCAUUAUUACGGGCGCACGCAAAGCAUUGGCUCUGCAAAGAUGCAUCGAAGGCGGUGUAAACCACAUGUGGACUCUGUCCAGCCUCCAAUCCCAUCCUCACCCAAUGAUCGUCGUCGACGAAGAUGCCACGCUGGAGUUGCAGGUCAAGACGGUCAAGUACUUUAAGAGCAUCGAGAUGGUAGCCGCUGAGCUCGGUUUUCGACAGAAGCUCCCACGAAAACGGGACUCGUUCAUCGACGAGGGUGCCUUGUCGGUACCCACACGGAACCAAGCCAACGGUACCAGCUUGACUGUGCCACAACAAGACAUAUCGCGCUCCGCAAGCCCCGUGUUCGAGCCAAUGAGUGCUCGUCUCGACGAUGAGGAUGCUGCAACUAAAGUGAUGCAGUCCUGGGAUGCUGUUGAGGAUCAGCCGUCCGUUCGCAUGAGUGCUCGUGUUGCCGGUUGAAUGCACCAUGCUAUGCCGCGAAAGCGCCGACUUGCACGGAGGUUUACAACGACACUCAUCUGGUGCUUUUGGUUGUAUACUGGUAGAUUCGUUUACUCUGAUAUUGUUAACAACUCAAGGGGCACGUCUUGGCCGAGUGAAUUAGACUGGAUGUAUGGUACUAAGUCAUUGUAGAAUGUGAACUGAGCUCAGCUCGACAUAGAGUGUAAGAGCAUCAAAGAUUUAAGUAGAUAGAUCGUCGCAUAUCAGGUAGGGUAGCCUGGUGGUCAUGUACAGACAAGCAUCGGCACUGAAGGUUGUAGACCUCGUUACAAUACAUGUCAAUCAAAGCGUCCUGUAGGAGGCAGUCAAACUAUUGAACACUCGUAUUUCCUUCUGCAAUGACGGAAGUUGCCCG